AUGGCUGCCUCGCCUACCUCGGUCGCCGCCACGUCGGAAAUCGACCACCCGAGCUCUCCCGCCGCACCCGAAGGCAAGUCUUUUGUCUCGCGCGUCGGUAGCGACGAUGAAGAUGUUGGCGAUGACACCCAAAUGACGGAGAAGCCGAGCCGUAAGGCAGGCCGAGGCUCGCAACGUGAUGGUGUCGUGCAACAAAUCGGCAAGAUUCGCCAUCUCAAGAAAGAGGAUGGCGAACCCUUGUGGCGAGCCGACAUUCAAUACGACUUCCUCAAGGCUGUCUUCGACAACGAACUCAAGGUCUUUACCAACUCGUACGAUCCGCACGGUAUUGGCAAGCAGAACUUUGCCGAUCUCUACAUUGACACAAUGGCGCGCAGCAGCAAGACCAGCAAGGUCUUGCGCGACAAGCUAUUAAAUGAUAGAGAGGCGGCGAAAGGCAUGGCCAUGGUCUGCCUACUGGUCAAUGUCGGCAGAAUGAACACGACUCUCAACUUCUUUCCCGAGAUGAGAGCCCAGCUUCGAACAUAUCACGCCAUUCCCUCCCUCCAAGCAAACCAAGACGCUCACGCAUACAAACAGCUACAGGAUGCUCCACGCUUGAAAUCCAUCCUCAAAGGCGGUGCAGAGGACCGGCAGGAGCCAAGCACGCUACUGAAGCUCAAGGAGAUCGCGGAAGUCCCUCGAACGAACCCUGUCAAUCUGAUUUUUAUCAUGUGCGCAGCUGCCAAGAAAGUUGCUGAUUUGCACUUUCCGGAUGGCCAAGAGUUCCACGACGUAAUCAUGAAGACGCAAUUCAGCAGCAACUCGCGAGCUAGAGCCUUCCUCUGGCUGAUGUGGUUCCAUCUCGAAUCUGAUUUCACGGAAGAGGGCUGCGAUGAGAACCCAUUCGGUAGUGGCGUUGACUACGAUGUUGGUGUCGCAAACCAAGGUGUUCCGCGUUUGGAGCUCAUGACGGAGGAAGAGAGAGCUCUUGAGAACGUGGACACGGAGACCGAAAAGGAGUUCGGCGCGGAGAAGCAACGCACCAGAGCCAAAAUUCUGGAAAUGGAUCAGGCAUUCAUGAACGACCGAGACUCAAAGCGUGCUAAGCCGCGGGUAUCACUACACGAGGACGGCCCCGCAAUCCUGCCGCGCAUACGCCCGUCGAAGCACGAGUCAGACAUGGAUAGUACUCGGUCGACGCCGCCUCCCCGCGGCGUUAGAGCCAGCGGCGGUAGAAGAAGCGCUGGACUCAAGUACCAGAUUUUUGAGGGGUCCUCUCCGGCCCGCCAGGGCUCCGAAGGCGUCAUCUCGCGCAAGCCUCGCCCGCCUACAGCACACCAACUAGCUGUGGAACGUAACAGAAGCCAGCGCGUUGAGUACAUACUAGACAAGGGUCUUCGCAAAGAGCAACGCAAGAGCCGCAAGUCGCGACGCCGCGAAGGCGCCAUUUUCAGGGCAUACAAGCGAAUUCGCGCGUCGGAAACACCAGGCGAGGACAGCGAUAGUGACAUUGAGGCACCGCGAAACCUAGGCCCCAACUCCAAGUUCCGUGAAUCUGCUAUUGGAGGCCUCGGCCUGCUUGCUGACGAGGAGGAUGACUAUGGCGAGGAGGUGAACGCGUAUGCAGCAGCAUUCCGCCGCUCCCGUCGAAGACUUGUCCGCUGGCUGGGCAGCGAUAAGGGUGUCGUGGCGCCCAUCAAGAUACACAAGGCCAACGGCGUGGACAAGAAUGGCGACGAGAAUGAUGUCAACGGCCUCGACGAAGCUAACGGCGACGCGGCCCUGGACGAUAUGGAUAUGGACGAUGUUGACGGCGACGAGACUGCGCUCGGCUAUGGUGCGGAGCAGACCAUACUGGCCGACGACGAGGCCGACCGUACGGAAAUCAUGAUCGACUCGGACAUGGAGUAA